AUGAAACCGGCCGGCGCGGGCGCAUGCGCCGCAGGCCCCCUUCCCUCUCGCUUCCCCCUCCCCUUUCCCAGCCGCGCUCUCAAUCUCGAGCUCGCUCGCUCUCCCUCUCCCCGGGCCGUGGAAAGGAUCCCACUUCCGGUGGGGUGUCAUGGCGGCGUCUCGGACUGUGAUGGCUGUGGGGAGACGGCGCUAGUGGGGAGAGCGACCAGGAGGCCCCCUCCCCUCCCCGGGCCCCCCUCCCCCGCCCCCCUUCCCCCAGCCUCCUCGCCAACGCCCCCUUCCCCUCUCCCCCUCCCGACCGGGCACAGGCCACCCAUCCCCACCCCCGUGGGAACGUUCGGAGCCUGCACUCCUCAGACCCUCUCCUCGCCUCUUCCUUCACCUCAGCCCCCGCUCCCUGCCCUCUUCCCGGCCCUGGGCGCCGGCCGCCCGGUCCCUCCGCCGCCCCCCGGCUGCGGGGAGGACAUGGCCGCGCACAGGCCGGUGGAAUGGGUCCAGGCCGUGGUCAGCCGCUUCGACGAGCAGCUUCCAAUAAAAACAGGACAGCAGAACACACAUACCAAAGUCAGCACUGAGCACAACAAGGAAUGUCUUAUCAAUAUUUCCAAAUACAAGUUUUCUUUGGUUAUAAGUGGCCUCACCACUAUCUUAAAGAAUGUUAACAAUAUGAGAAUAUUUGGAGAAGCUGCUGAAAAAAAUUUAUAUCUCUCUCAGUUGAUUAUAUUGGAUACACUGGAAAAAUGUCUUGCUGGACAACCAAAGGACACAAUGAGAUUAGACGAAACGAUGCUGGUCAAACAGUUGCUGCCAGAAAUCUGCCAUUUUCUUCAUACUUGUCGUGAAGGAAACCAACAUGCAGCUGAACUUCGGAAUUCUGCCUCUGGGGUGUUAUUUUCUCUUAGCUGCAACAACUUCAAUGCAGUCUUUAGUCGAAUUUCUACCAGGUUACAGGAAUUGACUGUUUGUUCAGAAGACAAUGUGGAUGUUCAUGAUAUAGAAUUGUUACAGUAUAUUAAUGUGGAUUGUGCAAAGUUAAAACGACUCCUGAAGGAAACAGCAUUUAAAUUUAAAGCCCUAAAGAAAGUUGCACAGUUAGCAGUUAUAAAUAGCCUGGAAAAAGCAUUUUGGAACUGGGUAGAAAAUUAUCCAGAUGAAUUUACAAAGCUGUACCAGAUUCCACAGACUGAUAUGGCUGAAUGUGCCGAAAAACUGUUUGACUUAGUGGAUGGUUUUGCUGAAAGCACCAAACGUAAAGCAGCAGUUUGGCCACUACAAAUCAUUCUGCUUAUCUUGUGUCCAGAAAUAAUCCAGGAUAUAUCCAAGGAUGUGGUUGAUGAAAACAACAUGAAUAAGAAGUUGUUUCUGGACAGUCUGCGAAAAGCACUUGCUGGCCAUGGAGGAAGCAGGCAGCUCACUGAAAGCGCUGCAAUCGCCUGUGUCAAACUGUGUAAAGCAAGUACUUACAUCAAUUGGGAAGAUAACUCUGUCAUCUUUCUACUGGUUCAGUCCAUGGUGGUUGAUCUUAAGAACCUGCUGUUUAAUCCGAGUAAGCCGUUCUCGAGGGGCAGUCAGCCGGCAGAUGUGGACCUAAUGAUCGACUGCCUUGUCUCUUGCUUCCGGAUAAGCCCUCACAAUAACCAGCACUUCAAGAUCUGCCUGGCUCAGAAUUCCCCUUCUACAUUUCACUAUGUGCUGGUAAAUUCACUGCAUCGAAUCAUCACCAAUUCUGCAUUGGAUUGGUGGCCUAAGAUUGAUGCUGUAUAUUGCCACUCAGUUGAACUUCGAAAUAUGUUUGGUGAAACACUUCAUAAAGCAGUCCAGGGUUGUGGAGCACACCCAGCAAUACGGAUGGCACCGAGUCUUACAUUUAAAGAAAAAGUAACAAGCCUUAAAUUUAAAGAAAAACCUACAGACCUGGAGACAAGAAGCUAUAAGUAUCUUCUCUUGUCCAUGGUGAAACUAAUUCAUGCAGAUCCGAAGCUCUUGCUUUGUAAUCCAAGAAAACAGGGGCCUGAAACCCAAGGCAGUACUGCAGAAUUAAUUACAGGGCUUGUCCAACUGGUCCCUCAGUCACACAUGCCAGAGAUUGCUCAGGAAGCAAUGGAGGCUCUGCUGGUUCUUCAUCAGUUAGAUAGCAUUGAUUUGUGGAAUCCUGAUGCUCCUGUAGAAACAUUUUGGGAAAUUAGGUUGUUUAUUGGCAAUGCUGAUAACAGUGAACUUUGUUUCUGCAGCUCACAAAUGCUUUUUUACAUUUGCAAGAAAUUAACUAGUCAUCAAAUGCUUAGUAGCACAGAAAUUCUCAAAUGGUUGCGGGAAAUUUUGAUCUGCAGGAAUAAAUUUCUUCUUAAAAAUAAGCAGGCAGAUAGAAGUUCCUGUCACUUUCUCAUUCUUUAUGGAGUAGGAUGUGAUGUUCCUUCAAGUGGGAAUACCAGUCAAAUGUCCAUGGAUCAUGAUGAAUUACUACGCACUUGUGCUCCUGGAACCUCUCUCAGGAAGGGGAAAGGAAAUUCAUCCAUGGAUAGUGCAGCAGGGUGCAGUGGAACCCCACCAAUAUGCCGACAAGCUCAGACCAAAUUAGAAGUGGCCCUGUACAUGUUCCUGUGGAGCCCCGACACUGAAGCAGUUCUGGUUGCCAUGUCCUGUUUUCGUCACCUCUGUGAGGAAGCAGAUAUCCGGUGUGGGGUGGAUGAAGUGUCAGUACACAACUUCUUGCCCAACUAUAACACAUUCAUGGAAUUUGCCUCUGUUAGCAAUAUGAUGUCAACAGGAAGAGCAGCACUUCAGAAAAGAGUGAUGGCACUACUGCGGCGAAUUGAGCAUCCCACUGCAGGAAACACUGAGGCUUGGGAAGAUACGCAUGCAAAGUGGGAACAAGCUACAAAACUAAUCCUCAACUACCCAAAAGCCAAAAUAGAAGAUGGCCAGGCUGCUGAAAGCCUUCACAAGACCAUUGUGAAGAGGCGAAUGUCUCAUGUGAGUGGAGGAGGAUCCAUAGAUUUGUCUGACACGGACUCGCUACAAGAAUGGAUCAACAUGACUGGCUUCCUUUGUGCCCUUGGGGGAGUGUGCCUGCAGCAGAGAAGCAAUUCUGGCUUAGCAACCUAUAGCCCACCCAUGGGCCCUGUCAGUGAACGCAAGGGUUCCAUGAUUUCAGUGAUGUCCUCAGAGGGAAAUGCAGAUACACCUGUCAGCAAAUUUAUGGAUCGGCUGCUGUCCUUAAUGGUCUGUAACCAUGAGAAAGUGGGACUUCAAAUACGGACCAAUGUUAAGGAUCUGGUGGGUCUAGAAUUGAGUCCUGCUCUUUAUCCAAUGCUUUUUAACAAACUGAAGAAUACCAUCAGCAAGUUUUUUGACUCCCAAGGACAGGUUUUAUUGACUGACACCAAUACUCAGUUUGUGGAGCAAACCAUAGCUAUAAUGAAGAACUUACUAGAUAAUCAUACUGAAGGCAGCUCUGAACAUCUGGGGCAAGCCAGCAUUGAAACAAUGAUGUUAAAUCUGGUCAGAUAUGUUCGUGUACUUGGAAAUAUGGUCCAUGCAAUUCAAAUAAAAACUAAACUGUGUCAGUUAGUCGAGGUAAUGAUGGCAAGGAGAGAUGACCUCUCAUUUUGUCAAGAGAUGAAAUUCAGGAAUAAGAUGGUAGAAUACUUGACAGAUUGGGUUAUGGGAACAUCAAACCAAGCAGCAGAUGAUGAUGUAAAAUGUCUUACAAGAGAUUUGGACCAGGCAAGCAUGGAAGCAGUAGUCUCACUCCUGGCUGGUCUGCCGCUGCAGCCUGAGGAAGGAGAUGGUGUGGAGUUGAUGGAAGCCAAAUCACAGUUGUUUCUUAAGUAUUUCACAUUGUUUAUGAACCUUUUGAACGACUGUAGUGAAGUCGAAGAUGAAAAUGCACAAACAGGUGGCAGGAAACGUGGCAUGUCUCGGAGGCUGGCAUCACUGAGGCACUGCACAGUCCUGGCAAUGUCAAACUUACUCAAUGCUAAUGUGGACAGCGGCCUCAUGCACUCCAUAGGCUUAGGUUAUCACAAAGAUCUCCAGACAAGAGCUACGUUUAUGGAAGUUCUGACAAAAAUCCUUCAACAAGGCACAGAGUUUGACACACUUGCAGAAACGGUAUUGGCAGAUCGUUUUGAGAGACUGGUGGAGUUGGUCACGAUGAUGGGUGAUCAAGGAGAGCUCCCUAUAGCCAUGGCUCUGGCCAAUGUGGUUCCCUGUUCUCAGUGGGAUGAACUUGCUCGCGUUCUAGUGACUCUGUUUGACUCUCGGCAUUUACUCUACCAACUGCUCUGGAACAUGUUUUCUAAGGAAGUAGAAUUGGCAGACUCUAUGCAGACUCUUUUCCGAGGCAACAGCUUGGCCAGUAAAAUAAUGACCUUCUGUUUCAAGGUAUAUGGUGCUACCUACCUACAGAAACUCCUGGAUCCUUUAUUACGGAUUGUGAUCACCUCCUCUGAUUGGCAGCAUGUUAGCUUUGAAGUGGAUCCUACCAGGUUAGAACAGUCAGAGAGCCUUGAGGAAAACCAGCGAAACCUCCUUCAAAUGACUGAAAAGUUCUUCCAUGCCAUCAUCAGUUCCUCCUCUGAAUUUCCCCCUCAGCUACGAAGUGUGUGCCACUGUUUGUACCAGGCAACUUGCCACUCCCUACUGAAUAAAGCUACAGUAAAAGAAAAAAAGGAAAACAAAAAAUCAGUGGUUAGCCAGCGUUUCCCUCAGAACAGCAUCGGUGCAGUAGGAAGUGCCAUGUUUCUCAGAUUUAUCAAUCCUGCCAUUGUCUCACCAUAUGAAGCAGGGAUUUUAGAUAAAAAGCCACCGGCUAGAAUCGAAAGGGGCUUGAAGUUAAUGUCAAAGAUACUUCAGAGUAUUGCCAAUCAUGUCCUUUUCACAAAAGAAGAGCAUAUGCGGCCUUUUAAUGAUUUUGUGAAAAGCAACUUUGAUGCAGCACGAAGGUUUUUCCUUGAUAUAGCAUCUGAUUGUCCUACAAGUGAUGCUGUGAAUCACAGUCUUUCCUUCAUCAGCGAUGGCAAUGUGCUUGCUUUACAUCGUCUGCUAUGGAAUAAUCAAGAGAAAAUUGGCCAGUAUCUUUCCAGCAACAGGGAUCACAAAGCUGUUGGAAGACGACCUUUUGAUAAGAUGGCAACACUUCUUGCAUACCUGGGUCCUCCAGAGCACAAACCUGUGGCAGAUACACACUGGUCCAGCCUUAACCUUACCAGUUCGAAAUUUGAGGAAUUUAUGACUAGGCAUCAAGUACAUGAAAAAGAAGAGUUCAAGGCUUUGAAAACAUUAAGUAUUUUCUACCAAGCUGGAACUUCCAAAGCUGGGAAUCCUAUAUUUUAUUAUGUCGCACGGAGGUUCAAAACUGGUCAAAUCAAUGGUGAUUUGCUGAUAUACCACGUCUUAUUGACUUUAAAGCCAUAUUAUGCAAAGCCAUAUGAAAUUGUAGUGGACCUUACCCAUACUGGGCCUAGCAAUCGCUUUAAAACAGACUUUCUCUCCAAGUGGUUUGUGGUUUUUCCUGGCUUUGCUUAUGAUAAUGUCUCUGCAGUAUAUAUCUAUAACUGUAACUCCUGGGUCAGGGAAUAUACCAAGUAUCAUGAGCGGCUGCUCACUGGCCUCAAAGGCAGCAAAAGACUCAUUUUCAUAGACUGUCCUGGGAAACUGGCUGAGCACAUUGAGCAUGAACAGCAGAAACUACCCGCUGCCACCUUGGCUUUAGAAGAGGACCUGAAGGUUUUCCACAACGCUCUCAAGCUAGCUCACAAAGACACCAAGGUGUCUAUUAAAGUUGGUUCUACUGCUGUUCAGGUAACCUCUGCUGAGCGAACAAAAGUCCUGGGGCAAUCAGUCUUUCUCAAUGAUAUCUAUUAUGCCUCAGAAAUUGAAGAGAUCUGCCUGGUGGACGAGAACCAGUUCACCUUAACUAUUGCAAACCAGGGCACACCGCUCACCUUCAUGCACCAGGAGUGUGAUGCCAUUGUUCAGUCUAUCAUUCACAUCCGGACACGCUGGGAGCUGUCGCAACCAGACUCCAUUCCCCAGCACACCAAGAUUCGGCCAAAAGACGUCCCUGGGACACUACUCAAUAUUGCAUUACUUAAUUUAGGCAGUUCAGACCCUAGUUUACGGUCAGCUGCCUAUAAUCUUCUGUGUGCCUUAACUUGUACCUUUAAUUUAAAAAUUGAGGGCCAGUUACUAGAGACGUCAGGUUUAUGUAUCCCAGCCAACAACACCCUCUUUAUUGUCUCUAUUAGUAAGACCCUGGCAGCCAAUGAGCCACACCUCACCUUAGAAUUUUUGGAAGAGUGUAUUUCUGGAUUUAGCAAAUCUAGCAUUGAAUUGAAACACCUUUGUUUGGAGUACAUGACUCCAUGGCUAUCAAAUCUAGUACGUUUUUGUAAGCACAACGAUGAUGCCAAGCGACAGAGAGUUACUGCAAUUCUUGAUAAGCUGAUAACAAUGACCAUAAACGAGAAACAGAUGUAUCCAUCUAUUCAAGCAAAAAUAUGGGGGAGCCUUGGGCAGAUUACAGACCUCCUUGAUGUUGUACUAGACAGUUUCAUCAAAACCAGUGCAACGGGUGGCUUGGGAUCAAUAAAGGCUGAGGUGAUGGCAGAUACCGCUGUAGCUUUGGCUUCUGGAAAUGUGAAAUUGGUUUCAAGCAAGGUUAUUGGAAGGAUGUGCAAAAUAAUUGACAAGACAUGCCUAUCUCCAACUCCUACUUUAGAACAACAUCUUAUGUGGGAUGACAUUGCCAUUCUGGCUCGCUACAUGCUAAUGCUGUCCUUCAACAAUUCCCUCGACGUGGCAGCUCAUCUCCCCUACCUCUUCCAUGUUGUUACUUUCUUAGUAGCAACAGGGCCACUCUCCUUGAGAGCUUCCACACAUGGAUUGGUCAUUAAUAUCAUUCACUCUCUGUGUACUUGUUCACAGCUUCAUUUUAGUGAAGAGACCAAGCAAGUUUUGAGACUCAGCUUGACAGAGUUCUCAUUACCGAAAUUUUACCUGCUAUUUGGCAUUAGCAAAGUCAAGUCAGCUGCUGUCAUCGCCUUCCGCUCCAGCUACCGGGACAGGUCAUUCUCUCCUGGCUCCUAUGAGAGGGAGACUUUUGCUUUGACAUCCUUGGAGACAGUCACAGAGGCUUUGUUGGAGAUCAUGGAGGCAUGUAUGAGAGAUAUUCCAACAUGCAAGUGGCUGGACCAAUGGACAGAACUAGCACAAAGAUUUGCAUUCCAGUAUAACCCAUCCCUGCAACCGAGAGCUCUUGUUGUGUUUGGCUGUAUUAGCAAACGAGUAUCUCAUGGGCAGAUAAAGCAGAUUAUCCGUAUCCUCAGCAAGGCUCUUGAGAGUUGCUUAAAAGGACCUGAUACUUACAACAGUCAAGUUCUGAUAGAAGCUACAGUAAUAGCACUAACCAAAUUACAACCACUUCUUAAUAAGGACUCCCCUCUGCACAAAGCCCUCUUUUGGGUUGCUGUAGCCGUGCUACAGCUCGAUGAGGUCAACUUGUAUUCAGCAGGCACUGCACUUCUGGAACAAAACCUGCACACCUUAGACAGUCUCCGGAUAUUCAACGACAAGAGUCCAGAGGAAGUGUUCAUGGCAAUCCGGAACCCUCUGGAAUGGCACUGCAAACAAAUGGAUCAUUUUGUUGGACUCAAUUUCAACUCUAACUUUAACUUCGCACUGGUUGGACACCUCUUAAAAGGAUACAGGCAUCCUUCACCUGCCAUUGUUGCAAGAACAGUCAGAAUUUUGCAUACACUACUAGCUCUGGUUAAUAAACACAGAAAUUGUGACAAAUUUGAGGUGAAUACACAGAGCGUGGCUUACUUGGCAGCUUUACUUACAGUGUCUGAGGAAGUUCGAAGUCGCUGUAGCCUAAAACAUAGAAAGUCUCUGCUUCUUACUGAUAUUUCAAUGGAAAAUGUUCCUAUGGAUACAUAUCCCAUUCAUCAUGGUGACCCUAGCUAUAGGACACUAAAGGAGCAUCAGCCAUGGUCAUCUCCCAAAGCUUCUGAAGGGUACCUUGCAGCCAGCUAUCCACCUGCAGGCCAGACCAGUCCCCGAGCCAGGAAAUCUAUGAGCUUGGACAUGGGGCAGCCUUCUCAGGCCAACACGAAGAAAUUGCUUGGAACAAGGAAAAGUUUUGAUCACUUGAUAUCAGACACAAAGGCUCCUAAAAGGCAAGAAAUGGAAUCAGGGAUCACAACACCCCCCAAAAUGAGGAGAGUAGCAGAAACUGAUUAUGAAAUGGAAACCCAAAGGAUUUCCUCAUCACAGCAGCACCCACAUUUACGCAAAGUUUCAGUGUCUGAAUCAAAUGUUCUUUUAGAUGAAGAAGUACUUACUGAUCCGAAGAUCCAAGCACUUCUUCUUACUGUUCUGGCUACACUAGUGAAAUACACCACAGAUGAGUUUGAUCAACGAAUUCUUUAUGAAUACUUAGCAGAAGCCAGUGUUGUUUUCCCCAAAGUUUUUCCUGUUGUGCACAAUUUGUUGGACUCUAAGAUCAACACCCUGUUGUCAUUGUGCCAAGAUCCAAAUUUGUUAAAUCCAAUCCAUGGAAUUGUGCAGAGUGUGGUGUACCAUGAAGAAUCCCCACCACAAUACCAAACAUCUUACCUGCAAAGUUUUGGUUUUAAUGGCUUAUGGAGGUUUGCAGGACCCUUUUCAAAGCAAACACAAAUCCCAGACUAUGCUGAGCUUAUUGUUAAGUUUCUUGAUGCCUUGAUUGACACGUAUUUGCCUGGAAUUGAUGAAGAAACCAGUGAGGAGUCCCUCCUGACACCCACAUCUCCUUAUCCUCCUGCAGUGCAGAGCCAGCUUAGUAUUACUGCUAACCUUAACCUUUCUAAUUCCAUGACCUCACUUGCAACUUCCCAGCAUUCCCCAGGAAUCGACAAGGAGAAUGUUGAACUCUCCCCCACCACUGGGCACUGUAACAGUGGACGAACUCGCCAUGGAUCCGCAAGCCAGGUGCAGAAGCAGAGAAGUGCUGGCAGUUUCAAACGUAAUAGCAUUAAGAAGAUCGUGUGAAGCUUUCUUUCUUUCCUUUUUCAA